UGCAAUGAUGUCUGUGCUGAGAUGGCUUACUGUGAUUCUGCUAGGCCACCUGGUUUACUCCGGUCAAAUUCUAUGGCGAAUGAAGGCCCACGUGCAUAAAAUCCAACAGGCCCGAAUAAAACACACUUCCACUGCCAUUCCCAAAACGGGCACAAUCCACCAACCCCUGAACCACUUUGACCAGCAGGAUGACAGAACCUUCCCACAGAAAUUCUUUGUGAACGACGUUUAUUGGCAGCGUUCAGAUGGACCAGUCUUUCUCUACAUAGGAGGAGAGGGACCCCUCUCCAAAUUCAGUGUAUUGUACGGGCACCAUGUGCUGAUGGCGGAGAGGCACGCGGCGCUGCUGGUGUCGCUGGAGCACCGCUUCUACGGGCAGAGCAUCAGCCCUGAUGGACUCGAGACUGAGACCCUGAGACACCUCUCCAGCCAGCAGGCUUUGUCCGACUUGGCUGCGUUCCGGCACUACAUCAGCCAGCGCUUCGGCCUCUCGCACGCCAACGCCUGGAUCAGCUUCGGAGGCUCCUAUGCUGGAGCUCUCUCGGCCUGGCUGAGAGGAAAGUUUCCUCAUCUUAUCUAUGGAGCAGUGGCGUCCUCCGCCCCCGUUCAGGCUCAACUGGACUUCAGCUCUUACAAUAGGGUGGUUGCUUCUAGUCUUAUGAAUGAGGCAGUGGGUGGCUCUGAAAAGUGUGUAGCCGAAGUGAAGGGAGUGUUUGCAGCGGUAGAGGCGGCUCUGCUCAUGGGGAAUGAGACCCUGGUGGGGAAAGACUUCGGCUGUUGUGAGACCCCUCUGAAAGUGGAGGACAAAACGGAGCUGUUGCGGAGUUUGGCUGAUAUCUUCAUGGGAACCGUCCAAUACAACGAGGAGGGGGUCGCAUUCAGCAUCGCUGAGCUGUGUGACAUCAUGGCCAAUAAGAGUGAGCAGAAGGAGGAGGCGUACGACCGUCUGGUCAAAAUAGUGGCGAUGUACCGUGCCAGAGAGAAUGUCCCGUGUCUUGAUGUCUCUCACGAGAAGCUUGUGCUUGAACUCAGUAACACUAAAGCUUCGUCCGGUUACAGACAGUGGUUCUACCAGACCUGCACUGAGUUCGGCUUCUAUCAGACAUGCGAGGACACUCACUGCCUCUUCUCACGCGUGUCAACCCUUCAGUCUCAGACUGAGCUCUGCUCUCGACUCUUCAACAUCCCUCAGGACAGUCUGCCGGUCCGCAUCGACUCCACCAACCAGUACUAUGGAGGGAACCGGCCCCAAACACAAAGAGUGCUCUAUGUCAACGGCAACAUUGACCCGUGGACGGAGUUAAGCGUGGUCUGGAACGACACGAUGGUGGACGAUGACAGAGUCAUUCUUAUUGACGGCACCGCCCACUGUAUGGACAUGAACGCUGAUAAAUCAAUGGAUAAACCUGCACUGCACCAAGCCAGGAAGGAGAUUGAAAGACGUGUGGCCAUGUGGCUCAAAAGCGCACAUAUGGUCUGAUCAGCACGACUUUUUUAUGAUCACAUGAUGACCGAAGCGUGCCAACUGGGUUUCUUUUUAUCUUUUAAUUGAAAAAGAGAGAUCUGAGUGCUUGAAAUCUUGAAAUCUGCUCUACAUUAGACUUCUUAACCUUCAAUAGGAGUCGAAAAACUGGUUGAGUUUACCAAAAAUGUCUAAAUUAUUGCCAUGUAUGUAAUAGUAUUCAAAUAUGUACACACACAUGAUUGCAGUCCAGUCUUAAA